GGGCGGGCUCCCCCGGUGGCAGACGCCAGGGCUGCACAUACCCGGUCCCUGUGCCGCCUGCUCCCAGCACGUCCUCCUCUCCCCACCCUCACCCUCCUGCCAUGGACGGGCCUGCCGAGCCCGGGAACCAGGCCGCGUGGGACCCCUAUGAGAAAAACAUCUCGGAAAUCAGCCAGAAUUUGUCGGGUGAAUACUUCAGGUAUAAAGGCAUCCCCUUCCCCGUUGGCAUCUACUCACCUGAGAGCAUCAGCAUCGCAGAGAACGCGGAUGUGCAGGAUGACGACAUCUUUAUUGUCACCUACCCCAAGUCAGGCACCAACUGGAUGAUUGAGAUCAUCAGCUUAAUCCUCAAGGAUGGGGACCCCUCUUGGAUUCACUCAGUACCCAUCUGGAAGCGGUCACCCUGGUGUGAGGCCAUCAUGGGUGCCUUCAGCCUCCCCGACCAGCCCAGCCCCCGCCUCAUGAGUUCUCACCUCCCCAUCCAGCUCUUCACCAAGGACUUCUUCAACUCCAAGGCUAAGGUGAUCUACAUGGGCCGGAACCCCCGGGAUGUUGUGGUUUCGCUCUAUCACUAUUCCAAGAUUGCCAGGCAGUUGAAGGACCCUGGCACGCCUGACCAGUUCCUGCAGAACUUCCUCAAAGGCGAAGUGCAGUUUGGCUCCUGGUUCAACCACAUUAAGGGCUGGAUUCGGAUGCAGGGCAAGGAGAACUUCCUGUUUAUCACCUACGAGGAGCUGCAGCAGGAUCUCCACAGCUCCGUGCAACGCAUCUGCCAGUUCCUGGGCCGGCCGCUGGGUGAGGAGGCGCUGGAAUCCGUCGUGGCACACUCGGCCUUCAAUGCCAUGAAGGCCAACACCAUGUCCAACUUCACGUUGCUGCCGCCCAGCCUGCUGGACCAGAGCCAUGGUGCCUUCCUCCGGAAAGGGGUGUGUGGUGACUGGAAGAAUCACUUCACGGUGGUGCAGAGCGAAGCCUUCGACCGCGUCUACCGCGAGCAGAUGCGGGGGCUGCCGACCUUCCCCUGGGACGAGGCCCCUGAAGACACCAGCCCGGACCCCGACCCCAGCCCGGACCCCAGCCCAGCCCCAAGCCAGGCCUCUGAGCACCCCCACCCGUCACCCUAAAAAUAAACACAUCCCUCCUGCCCGGGC